AUGGCCUUCCGGUUCCGUGUCAACAGCAUAAUGACCGACAUCGAAAUGGAUAUACCGGUUGAGAAGGAGGAAGUCGCAGGUCCCAGUGGUGGUGUGGCUAAGACGAAAAGCGCCAACACUGAAACGGCUCACAUCGAGAUGGCCAACAACGCAAUAGCCACAGGUAAGCUUAACCAGCUAACAUACCGUACCCCUUUUAGGACAGAAGAUAACAUCUCCUACCGAAAAGACAGAGACGACUAUAUGGCCAUUGAAGACGAGGAUAAAGUCUACCCCUUGUACCCAACAGAGAACGACAGUUGGACCACGGAAAGGGAGCCCGAAUACCAUGCCAUUCACCCAUGGAUACGUAAGAGACAUAGAAUUUCUACCCAUCAUCCGAAACGGAAUCAAAGGAGGUGCAUACGUCGGCCUGGUCUCCUGUUGUACCCAGUAGAGAGCGACGGAGAGAUCAAUGAAGACGAAUAUAAACACUAUCAUCAAAAAUGGACCUCAGACAUGUACACACGUCGUCGUGUUCUCCAGAUAUCAUCGCAUGAAGAAAGCCCCUCUUUCGAACCAGAGCAUGAAAUCAGGCCCUAUAUUAAAUUGGAGCGUGCAGACAGCCACUCUGUUGAAUCGGAAUAUGAACACUGGGCUACCGAAUCAGACUGCCCUGUCGAGCCAGCGUAUGAAGACUGGUUCUCUAUCCAAUCAGAGCAUGAAGGCAGUUCCUCUGUCGGAUCAGCAUGCGAAGACUGGUCCUCUGGCGAAUCAGUGCAUGAAGACAGCUCCUCUAUCGAACCGAGGCAUGAAGUCGGUCCUCCUCAGCCAAUAGACUCUUGGCGAGCAAUGUCAUACGCACCCCAAGCCAUCAUACUCCUCAUCAUGACCCAGGCCGAAGGCUCGUUCAAUACCGCACUGAGAAAGCUCGGACUCAACUACUCGGAACGCGACAGCUUUCUAUGGAAACAUCGACAUCUCCAUGCAAACGCGGAAGACUGGAAUUAUUGCUGCAAGCACUUAUUCGAUACACAAGGCUAUGAGAUCACCCUACCAGAAGACUACAAAGGCCAUGAGCCCGUGUUGCCCCCUUUGAUCGCGCACCGCCAGAUGCACCACGCCGCUCACUUCCUGGACAAGAUGGGUCUGUGUUAUAUCAAGAACAAUGUCCUUGGCUGGGCGAACACGAAGCCGCUCAGCUGGCCCUUACACAUUCCCUUUGUAGACGACGAGUCAACCCCCGAAACUCGGCUACAGGAGGCCCUGGACUUUGAAAACAACUUGCAAGAAAUUCAGGAGUCUGAUGCCGAAGGGGUCGUGCUUCAAGGCAAUCGGGUGUAUCGUGACGAAGAAAAUGGCUUGCAGGUAAUUCAACAGUCUCAUGUCGAAAGAAUUGACUUGCAAGGCAAUCCAGAGUCUCACGGUGAAGAAAACGGCUUGAAAGUGACCCAGGAGCCUCAUAGCGAAGAAGAGCCUCUCGACGAAGAAAGCGAUUGGGAACAAACUCAGAAAUCCAAUGCCGAAGAAAGAUGCUCGAGAGCUAGUCAGGCCACUACUCAAGUAAUACAAGCGGGAGCUCCACGGCCGACGACUAUCACAGGAAGGCUAGCUCUUGCGAAAGUGAGCAAACGGUCGAAGGAACAAGCGAGAGCUAAUCGGGCGACUACUACCAAAGGAAGCCACUCCAGAGCCUACCAUGAACCUGGUGUCGAGGCAAGCCACUUGGAACACAAUCGGGGGUCCGGCGCAAAAGCAAACCACUCGAGGGGCAAUCGGGUACCUGUUGCCGAUGGAGGCCACUCUGAAGUUGAUCAGGGGCCUGGUGUCCAGGGAAGCCACUCCGAAGUCAGUCAGGUGUCUGGUGCCAAGGGAAGCGACUCACAAGACAGCAAGGAAUCUGCUGUCGAGUGCCAGGAGCAAGUUUCCGGCUCUGGUGACCAAGAACAAGGAUCCGAGUUUCAAGCUCACAAUCAAAAGAAACCACGGCAGCCGGAUCGGAUUCCUACGACUACGAGGCAGACACGGGACAAACAGAAAGAAAAACGGAAUUAUGCGAGAAACCUCGCACAAGAGGACAGCGAGGGGUGGGAGAAGGAGAUUCAGGUGCCACGAGAUGACCAUAAGAGCGACAAGUCAUUUAAUCUAUCAGGAAGAAAGAAACCAAAGGAAAAAGGCGAAAAAUAUUCCCUGAAAGGUGGAGCGCCCCGACCACGAUGA